CGUCAUGGGCUUCAAACUGUCGUGAUUAGUUAUAUUUCCGGCCCGAGAGAACAGAGGUGUCUCCUCUAACCCUAAUCAACUUCGGGCAAAAGAACGAAGGUCGUAUCUCCGCAUCCUUCGACGGCGACUUGAUGUCGUUUCUGCUUUCUCUUACCUUCUGAAACGGUUUAAGUAAAGAGUUUGUGUUUAAUCUCAUUGACUACGUCGUCUUCAAUGCUCUGUUUCGAUCUGAAAGUCGGUGAUUUCAGUAUAAAUAUGUGCUGCGAGAAUGAGACGGCCCAGUUUGUUUGAGGGAGUUGAUCCCGCUUUAGAGGAAUUAAUCAUUAAUCAGAUGUUCCUCCAUUUUAACUACUGGGACGAACUUCUUGAUAUGCAAGACGUUAUGGGGACAGACCUGAAAUGGGCCGCAACUCUUGUGGCUCGGCAUCUGCUUGCGGCUGCAGACCGUUACGCUCUCCAGCGGCUUAGAACAAUCUGCGAGUCACAACUCUGUGAAGGGAUCAGCAUCAACACUGUUGCAACCAACUAUGCUCUAGCAGAGCAGCAUCAUUGUUUCCAGCUGAAAUCUGCUUACCUCAAAUUCAUAUCUUUGCCAGAAAACCUAAAAGCUGUGAUGGAAACGGAUGGGUUUGAUUAUCUAAAGGAAGGCUGCCCUUGCUUACUAAGUGAGCUGUUGGAGUAUGUGGUUAGGCUGAGUGAGCAUUCUUUAGCAUCUUUAGGGCAUGGGAAGGAGUUAUAUGUUGAUGGCUGUGACGUGAUGGGAGACGAGUGAAGCAAAGUAAACUAACUCUUGAGGGAGAGAGAGUGACUAAUGUUGGAGAACAUUUGGUGAAACAGAAUUGUAGAAGAGUCGUGAUUUGUGUAUUCGUCAUUUGUAAAAGGAUUAGUGAUUGUGAUCUGUGUUGUCCAGUAAGUAGUGUGUAAAAUGUUUUUUUUGUA